UGACAAAUGCGACGAUGCUACGACGCGACGCAACGCUACGAAAAUAAAUAUUCGUUUUGCCGUAUUUUGUGUAACUAUCGAAGUAUUAAUUAAUUCUAUCAGUGUUUUAGUUAAUCAUCCAAAAUGGUUAAGCUUACGACAGAGUUGAUACAAAACUCUAUGCAAUACAUGAAUCCAUGUCGUGAUCGCGAAUUAGAUCUUAGAGGUUACAAAAUACCGCAAAUUGAGAAUAUGGGCGCUACAUUAGACCAGUUCGACACCAUCGACUUCUCAGAUAAUGAUAUCAGGAAACUGGACGGAUUCCCGCUACUAAAAAGGAUCAAAUGCUUGUUGUUAAAUAACAACAGAAUUGUGAGAAUCGGUGAAAAUUUGGAGCAAUACAUACCUAAUUUGGAGUCUCUGGUGUUGACAAACAACAAUAUUAGUGAAUUGGGUGAUUUAGACCCUCUAGUCACACUGCCUAAGCUCAGAGCACUGUCGCUGCUGCAUAACCCAGUCUCAAACAAACAGCAUUACAGAGCAUAUGUGGCUUUCAAAUUCCCAGAGCUCAGGUUACUAGAUUUUAGAAAAAUUAAACAAAAAGAAAGAGAUGAAGCGAAUGCAUUGUUCAAAAGUAAAAAAGGAAAAGAGAUGCAGAAAGAAAUUACGAGAAAGGCAAAGACGUUUGUUCCUGGUGGAAAUAUGCCUGAUCCCAAAGUUACAAACCUCACUCCACAAGAGAUCCAUAAGAUUCGUGAAGCCAUCAAGAAUGCUUCAUCUCUGCAAGAAGUGGAGAGGUUGACGAGAAUGCUUCAGUCAGGCCAGAUUCCCGGACAGAAACCAUUACAACCGUCAGCACAGCCAAAUGGCCAACAAGAUGAAGAGGAGGAGAUGGAGACGGAUCAAACAAAUGGCCAGUAAAGAGGUUAACUACAACAAAAAUUACAGACUUUCCUUAUUUUGCUGUAUAGAACAGAUAAUACAGCAUGAUAUUUACUUUUUUUUCUUAGUUUUAAUCAAACGGAUUGCGAUUAUGUUAAGCUGGUAAGAACAGAGUUGAGUUCUACACUACAUAUUUAGCUUUUAAGACUGAUACUACACUAAAAGGUUAUUGAGUGAAAGAACAGAUACCUACUCCUAAUACAGAAACUGCUACAAGUAUUACAGAAUUUCACAAAUAAGCACUGUUUUUGAGUGCAUAUGCCAAGGUGGCAUAACCCAAUUUCAUGAAAAGCCAUUUUUAUAUCUACUGGUUUUACGAUGUUACCUGAAAAGAACUCCAUACUACAACUGUUUACUUCUAUUUUUCCAAUAAAAAAAAAAUCCCAUCAAA